AGCAGUGCCACAACCUUAACAACAGUAACACCCACUACCACUGCUGCUAACGCCAUCACCACCACCAUUACUUCUGUAAGCACCUGACACAAUCACCUUCUCAAAAGCUAGCAAUAUGGGCAAGUACCCUGUUGGCUAUCACAGGUGGCGCUGUAAUUGUUGACUGGUUUACUUAGCAUUGUUUAUUGUUGUUGUUGGUGUUAUUUUUUGUUGUAGUUGUCGGAGAAUUACUGCACAAAGAUUGAGAAAUGAACCUUAGAAAUUGCUGGUUAACAUAAGAAAAUCUUUUAUUGUGAAAAUGGGGCAGAAUUUAUCAACACUUCAGAUAGUCCCUGUUCAGCCUGCUGGAAGAAGAAGGCAUCCCAUUUCAAGACAAUAUCAUAUUCCACAUCAAAUCCACAGCUUUCUGGUACCAGAAAACAAAGUUUUGCCUAAAGAAAUUACUCACCGCAAACUUCGUCCAGUUUCUGUGCAGCUUGCAGCAAAAAAUUCUGAUUUUGCAUCAAUCUGGGGAAAUCCGGUCACGGUACUUGAUGAACAAAUUCGUUCAAGAAUCGAAGGUUUGCAAAAAAGCUCUCCUGAAAAUCACACUAAAAGUUUGGCAAACAAAACAAGGAAUGAAAUAAUUAACCAUUCUCACUUAGGCGAGCAGGAUUGCAGUGGAGAGUCUUUAUUAAAUGCAAAUGAAACAAAUGAUAAUCAAAAUAUUAGUAAAAAAGAAAUAUUACCAGAAAAUAAGAAGAAAAGAGAGACAGAAAUUGAUAAUUUCAAAGAAGGGAAUAACUUUCAAUUACUUCAACCAAUGAAUCCAUUUGAAAAAUCCAGAACACAAACAAAGAGCUCAGAAAUCAUGCCAUCAGAGCAACAAACGAAAUAUUUACCUUCAAAUGAAAUUCCAAAUCCUUUGCUACAUUCAGAUUAUCAGACCAAGAUAUCAGUCUUUUAUUCUACAGCUAACAAUGUGAAUAACCUGAAAAACAAGGCACCGAUUGCUUCUUUGCCACAAAAGUGCAGUUUCCCAGUAGACCAAUGUUAUUCUCUUACAUAUGCACAGAUGGCUGAAAUUCGCCGACAGAAAUAUUCCAACAUGCCUACACAUGAGAAUAAUUCUAUUUCUUCAAAUCUUCAGCCUCAAACAAAACCAUUGAGUGUAUUAGGUUCUGAAAGUAAUAAUUGCAACAGGAAUCGUCGAAAGAAACGUCAGGCUCCUCUCCCACCUCCACAUGCAAAUAAGUUUAUUGUUCAACCAGAGAACUCACUGUUUACAUCUGACACAGGAACCUGUGACAAUAGUCAAAAUGUCUCUUCAAAGUCUUCAUGCCAGGUUAUCCCCUUUACAGCUAAAACUAAUCAUGAAAAGUAUACUUUUCAAACACAAAAUCUUGGAAUAUCAAAUCCAUCAAUGAUAUCUCAAUUUAGCUGUAAACCCAGUGUAGAAGUUAGAUCUGAAACUAACAAUUUCCAGUCAACAGAAAAAAAAUUAGAUCAAAGCUUUUCUGAGACCAGAAUUAUUUCUGAUAAUGUUAUUUUAAUGAAACAAACACAAAGUAACUUUCAUGAAAACUUGACUGACAUGGACUCAUCUGCUGAUUGCUGUUUAAGUAAAACAAAUCAACACACUAACCAACAGAAUUGGCAGAAAGAACUUAACUGUAAGGUUUCUAAUGAGUUUAAAUCCUCACCAGGUUUGACCAGGAGUGAUUCCCACACUAGGUACAUCAAUUUCAGUUUCUCAAACCAAGAAAAUCAACAUGAGAAUCACAGAAAGUCCCUACAGUCAGAUAAUGUUUACAAUGUUCAACCAUACUCAAGGCCCUAUGUUCUGACCCCAUCAGGUACCAUGCUGACCUCUUGUCCAGUGGUCAUAAAUGAUUCUUCCCAAACCAAUCAUGUUAGUAGAACAAAUGCACAGAGUAAGGCUGAACUUCAGUUUUCUGAAAAAAAUAAAAAAAAACAAUAUUUUUCUCCGUGGAACAAUAAUUGCAAUCUUCCUUCAACCAAUCAGAGUUACUCUUCAAAUAAUCUACAGGGGAAUGGUGAUUCUUCGACAGUAAGUGAGACUUCAGAUAAAACAGACCCUUCAAAUUUAAAACUUUCUACAUCAACAUGCCAUACAACUCCAAAAUAUUUUUCAUCCAAAAGUGACCUGACUAAUACAACAAAUUCUAUGGUGUCUUCUGAACUUGAUAGUGAUACCUAUCAAAGAUAUGGAUCAUUGGUGUCUUCAGCUUCUUUGGAUUGGUCAAAAGGCUUUAGUCCAGCCACUGCAGAAGAAAUGAAAAUGUCACGGACUUCGGAAUAUACACAAAAUGUUUGUUCCGCUAUACCUUGCAAUCAACAAACAAGUGAGACAAAGACAAACAGGGAGGUAGGUCCAGAUCACCACAAUGUUCUUUCCUUUCCAAAGGUAGAUGUUGGUAAUAGUGCUCAGAGAUAUCAAGAAACUAGACAAAUGGAAUUUCCAUUUGCCCCUGAACUGAACCAAACGUUCACAGAAAGAGAUAGUUACAUGAGAGAGAAUUGGCAGUUGAGAGAACCAUUACAAACAGUCAAUUCUCUUGUUGAAACUAAUGCUAUAGAAUUCUCAAAGCCUAAAUCAGCAGCUCCACCACCACCUCCUCCUCCUCCCCCUCCACCACCACCACCACCACCACCACCACCACCGCCACCAUCAUUAGGCAGAACAUUAAAUUACUGUCCCCCUCUUCAAAGAGAAUUCAUAGACCAAAGUGGGCAAAAUUCCCUCCCUAGCAGCAUUUCUAAGACAACCAUUUCAUCCAACAUUAUGAAAGGACUGGAAACAAUCUUCAAAGAAGACAUCAUAGAAGCUCGGAAUAGCUUAAGAUCAAUGAAAAAGCAAGAGAACUCUGAUUCUGUAAAACCUAUGAAAAAAGAUCUUCAUGAUGCCUUCUAUUAUGAACUAACACAGACAUGUUUGACCAGGCAAAAAAGAUGGCAGGAGGAAAACUUUAGCAAAUUACCAAAUGGCAAAAACCAAAUUUUGGGUAAUGUUGUGGAUAGAACCAAAAAACAUUCGGAAGAUUUACUGAAUAAAAAUGCAGUAGAAAAAUUUAAUAAAUUAUCUCCAAACAAUUCCUUCAACUCAAAUUCUUCAGAAAAUCUUAAAAUCAAUGGAGACUUUAAAAAUCACAUAUCUUUAAACCAACCCAAGCAGCCUAAUUUGAAAAGUGAAAAUCAGAAAGGAACUGACUCUACAAGAUCAACAAAUGACUGGACUCCAAUGCAAGAUCUUGAAGAUUCAGAAAAUUCUGAUACAGAGAGUUCUGUGAAAAAUUCUCAAAGAAAAAACACAACUGGUUUUAAAUAUAGUCUUAUUCCUGAAAAUAUAAAAUAUCUAAAUAACACAAAGGAAUUUUAUAGCAAAAACUGUCCCAAACCAGAAUACGAUGUCACAAAGAAUUCUUUCACUUGGAAGAAUGAACAAAGCUUCAUUAAGUCAAAUUCAAAUAAAUCCAAAAAUGGUAAAGAAACCAACCCUAAAACAUGUGAAGUAUCUGAAAAUAUUGGUUGGGAUAAAUCUAGUGGAAUCAAAAGUAAUUCAAAAUAUAAAAAUGGAAGAGACUUUGAUUAUUUGGAAAAGAAAACUGGUAAAAUGUCAGAGCAACAUCAUUUAGGCAGAGUUAAGCAUGAGGGAGAGAAAGGAAAAGAAAAUGAAAAUGGAUGUCAAAGAGGAUGGAAUGUUUGGAAAAAGCAGAAGAAAUUUCCCAAAGAAUCUUCUGUAAAUACGAAUGAAAAACAGCAACUUAAGGUGACAGAAUCACAAAUUAACCAAAAGGAAGAAGAAAUGGAAAGAGAAAGACUCAAUCAAAUGGAAAUAGAAUCUGAAUUUCUGAAGAAACGGUCAAAUCAGAGAUUGGUAGUGGGUAGAGAUUGGAGGAAUAGAUUAACAAAAAUUACUAAACAGUCAUUAGAAGGAAUGUAUGAUUUGGAAGAGAAAAGAAAGAACUACACUAAUAAUGAUCAAAAAGAAGCUGAGUUCAAUGAAGACAUUACAAAAUGCAAUCAGAACACAUGGAAAGAGAACGAGAAAGUAAAUUGUAAGAAUGAAGUGAACUUUAAUAAAACAAGAGCUCAGCUUCAGGAGAACUCAACUUCAUCGAAUGGGAUGGCACAGAAUCACACUCAAUACAGCGAAUCUGUAGUUUCUAACAAUGAGGGGCUAACAAAUGAUAUUCUUUUGAAACCCAAAAUUGAAAAACAGAAUGCAAGCAUUUAUUUCCCAAAUUCUUUAGCACCAAAUUAUAUCCCAAAUCCAUUUUUGGGUAUAUCAUCCAACUAUUUUGGUACCUCCUAUCUCAAUGAAUAUCUGAAGUUAGUUGGUAUUGGGCAACCAUUUCUACCAAUGAACCUUACAUACCAUAGUAUUCCUGGAUAUUUAGGAACUAGUUACAACAUGAUGCCACAGACAACUGAUAUAUAUGCAGGAACAAAUUUCACAAAUCCUUUGCCAUUUUUACCUUCAGUCUUCAAUAAUUUCUCAGCUAUGAGUGAGUCAAAAUCAAAAGAUGUACAGAACCCAGUCUACACAAGUGAUAGUGAUGAUGCUGAUUCAUUGUACCAAUCUCCAGGAACCUACACAGACCAAAUGAGUAACUGGAGUUCAGACAAUAGCAAGAGUAUCCAAACAGAAGAUCUAAACAAUUCUGACAGUACGCAGUCUUCUGAUGUUUACAUGUUUCAAGCAAAUAAAGAACAAGACGAGGAUUUUGAUUCAGGAAAUGCUUUCUCAUCAGAAUUUGAAAUGUUGACCUCUCAAAUGAAGUACUCAAAACUGGAAGAACUAAGCUGAGCCAUUGUCAAUCAUCAGCCAUUAGUCUUCAUUAAUCAUCAUCUUCACUGAUUGUUGCUGUUGUCACAUUUAAAAUCUUCACCUCUAAAUAUAGCAAUAACUGUUUUUUAUAACUGCUAUAUAUCACACACCUUUAUUUAUAAAUGUAUAUGUAAAAUAUAAAUGAAUCAUUAUUAAACUUUUACAAGGAAAAGAUUGAUAGUGAAUUAAAAGUUUUAGUUGGUUCAUCUUUGUCAGGAAAAAAAGAAAUCAGGAUUGAUAAAGCUAUUUCCUGAGUCAUAUACACUUAUGAGGAUGGGGUCAGUUAUCUGGAUUCUGUGGUAUAUAUAUUCCUCCUGGGAUAGAAUACCAGUCCACAGCAUAAAUACUCAUUUUUGCCAAUUGAUUGCACUGGAGCAAUGAAAUGAAGUGUGUAUGAAGAUAGUAUGAUUCGCUGGAUGUGUAAUAUCAGUGUGCAUACACGACAGAGUGUAGACGCCCUGAGAGAAAAGUUGGGCAUAAGAAGCAUCAAAUGUGGUGUGCGAGAGAGGUGACUGUGCUAGUAUGGCCAUGUGUUAUGUAUGAAUGAAGACAGCUGCGUGAGGAAGUGCCACUCCCUAACUGAAGAAGGAACCCGUGGAAGAGGUAGACCCAGGAAGGCAUGGGAUGAGGUGGUGAAUCAUGACCUUCGAACACUGGGUCUCACAGAGGCAAUGACAGGAGACCGAGACCUUUGGAGAUACACUGUGAUUGAGAAGGCACGGCAAUUAAAGUAAGAUCGCAGUCACGCAUGUCCAGUUCUGUUAAGAAUAUGCCCGAUGCAUUGAGCAAUAUGAUAUGCUUGAGAAGACCUGUUGAGUCAAGUAAGACCAAUAUUGUAGCUGGGAUCAGUCCCUCCUGGCUGGCUCCCAUGUUGAUGGCACGUAAAAAGCACCAUUCGAAUGUGGUCGUUGCCAGUAUCCCAUGACUGACUCCCAUGUUGAUGGCACGUAAAAAGCACCAUCCGAAUGUGGUCGAUGCCAGGUCCACCUGACUGGCUCCCGUGCCAGUGGCACGUAAGAAGCACCAACCGAUCGUGACCGAUGCCAGUACCCUCUGACUGGCU